GCUAGCUCCUCAGUACACAUCAACAAUUUCUGCCGGUCGGAUGUUGUGUGUCUGUGUAUUUUUCCUCGUCGUCUUCUUUGUUCUUCCAGCUACGUUUUUGCAACACUAGUCAAUUAGAUUUGGAUAAUUGUUAAUUAAAAGUGCCAUAAAAUUGUAAAAGUGUUUGUUCGGUAGUUUGCCAAAUGUUCAUAUAUUUUAAACAAAGUGCCAUGUCCUUUUAAUAUUUUGUGCAUGUUUCGUUUUGUUCAUUAUAUUAAUUGGCCACCUUCUUUUGUAUUGCACCAACGACAAACAACAGUUAAAGAAACCAAGAAGCAGUAUCUCUCAAUGCAACAGAAAUUGGAUGGUAAAGUUUGUGUUGUUGAUUUGCGAAUACGAAUUUCAUCACAAUCCACAACCUGCUGCAGCAGCAGUAAAGUGCCGGCAACGGACACAGGACCAGACAAACAACUGCAACCCCAACAUAAAUACCUAUUGGCAUUUGCUUUAGCAUCAGCUAAGGGGAUCCCGAGGGAAGAGGAAAACAACGGCAUCCAAUCGUCUGGUGUGGAGCAGGCAUUCAAUCGUGGAAGGCAUAGGAUAGCAAGAUGAUGUUGCAAAUGGGGGAUGAAGAAAUCAUGAAUGCCAGUGUUCAGGGCUAUAUUUGCCCGUAUCAAACCUCGGCACACUGCCAUCAACAAGAAACCACAUCCUUGCAAGAAAUCGUAACCAAUCUAAUGAGCAUUGAAGAUUUCCUCUCUUCUCAGCAUCAUGGCCAGCAGGGUGAAAGCACGCUACCUCCUGUAGAAACGGUUCUACCUCAACAUCAGUAUGACUUUAUAGCCACCAUUACACCUCCACCUUCGAUACCUUCUCCUUCGAUUCAGAUGAACCCCCAUCCGACGAAAUUCGCAACGAACACAACACAACAUCAAACGCCACAACUGCAACAGCCAACGCUGACGCAACAACAACAUAAUCACAACAUAAUUGCCGGCAACACGAACAUAACAUCCACAGCAUACGACUGUCAGCUGUUCAAUGUGGAUUAUAGGUUGAGCAAUAUAAAUCAUACGGAUGUCAGUGUUGAUUCUGUACAGAAUGUCACUAACGCUUCCCUUGAAGAGGCUCAACCGGUAUAUGUUUCCGAUGCCUCCACAGUGGAUAUCGACGAAAAUGAGCAAUUAACUGAUGAGCCCUUUACAUAUUUGCAAAACUUGAAUUCGGGAAAUUUAAUGAAAUUCAGUCAGCAAUCGGAAAUAAUGAAUCUAAUGGAACAAAUUGUGGAAACAAAAAGGAAUUGCAAUUCCAUACCGGUUUGUGAGGAACAUGACAACGGCGGCUAUGAUUUUGGCAUUCAAGUCAAUACGACAGACAAAGCCUCGCGUUAUGUUUUCUUUUCGCAGGAUACCCAAAGAUUGUAUGUGAAACCACAUGAACAUGUGACCAUUGAUUGCCUUUAUAAAAUCAAAAUGCCUAUACAACCGCUGAAUGUACGGAUCAUGCCGAUAUAUACAACAGGUGCCAGCGAACCCGUGCGUAGAUGUCAGAAUCACAUCAGCAAGGAUAAUGAAACCAAUGAAAUCAUUCGGAACAGUUUAUUGCGUUGUGAAAAUCUGGGAGCCGUUUAUUAUGGCAGUGAUACGGGUAAAAGUAUUCGAGAUCGUUAUUCAGUUGUUGUCCCCUUAAAUGCAGCCGUUAAAGUGGGUGACGCUGGUAACCAUCUGAAGCAACAGCUUAUCAUACAUUUCACUUGUAAUAAUUCCUGUAUGAGUCGCAAACCAACAUCGGUUCUAUUUCUAUUGGAAAAUAUGAGUGGUGAAAUCUUGGCUCAGCGAAUGAUAGCUGUUAAAAUAUCCACAUGCCCGAAACGUGAUUACAGAUUGUAUGAAAGGCCAACGGGAAAGAAACGGCGACCAAUUGGUGAUCCCGAUUUUGCAUCCAUGACGGAUGCCAAGAUGGCCAGAUAUGAUGACACGUGCAUAAAAGAUGAAUAUAGCCGUAGUAGUUACGGGGAUCCAAGCGAUGAUGAAGCCAAUGCCAGCUCUGUGGCAAAUGGUGAUUGCACGGAGAGUAAUGUCGACGUGGUUUUGGAUCCAACAAAAGGCGAAUACACAUUAACGCUCAAGUACAAAACACGUCAUCAAAUGUUGGAGGUCCUGCGACUGCUCUAUUCGAAUGCUGUAACCAAUGAGGUGUUCUAUAAGACAUCCAUUAAUGGUAGAAAAACAAGAGAUACGGAACAUUUGAAGAAAUGUUAUGAGAAAACUUUACGCCUAAAACUGGAGUAGCAGCAUCGAGUUGUGUAGUUUUUUUUUAUUCCAAAAAUAAAAUUGUAUUCGUAUUUUAAGUUAAGAUUGUUUUUAAGCCUAGUUUUGUAAUCGUCACCACCCAGUCAUAAUAUUUACUAUUACAAUUGUUUUAGUGUAAUAGUAAAUUAUUAAUUCAUAAAUCAUAAUUUUAUCUUUUUGUUUUUUUUUUCACGUUACCUUCUAUGUUCUAAAGGUCACUUUGCAGUUAUAUCUCGAUAAUAUUACUGUUUAAGCAUUAAACGUUUAUUGUUUUUUUUUUCUUUUGAUUUGUUCAAUGAAAGUCCAAAUUAAAUUAGUUUUUGUUUGUUUUUUUUCGAAAUGAAUUGUUAUUUGUGGUGUAUACAAACUAUGUUUUGUACAUUUUUUUCAGUUGCCUUUUAAUAAAUUAAAAUUGUUCAUUAAUGUGAUUUCACAAAAAAAGAAAGAAAACAAUAAAACAAUGCCUUAGCUAGCUCUCUACGUGUUGAUAAAUGUAGUACCUAUCAACUUGUAAGAGUGGAAUUUACGAAUAAGGAAUUUAUGUAACUUAAGAAAUUUUUUAAAUGAAAAUCUAAUAAAAGUAUCUCUUUGUGAGAAAAUGGAAGAAAUAACAAAAUAACA